AUAAGUGGAUCAACAAAUCAAUGUCUCUCUCGCUCAAAAAAAAAUUUGAAAAAAGAAAGAAAGAAAUGCCAUACCAACCAUGUGGCAAAGAAAUGAGGACAGCCAAGUGACAUGAGGAAACCUGGCUGGAGUGAGAGGGUCAAGCAUUCUUCUCCCUUCCCUGAAAGGGAGAAGGGAAUUGAGCGUCCCUCCAGGCCAACCACUGACACCAGCCCGUACCCCCUCCUACCCCAGUUCAGUUCCAGAAAGGACACACCCUCUCAGGCUGAUCUACUCACACAGAAAACUUCCAUCCACACGGAAUCAGAUCCACAGAGUUGCACACCAAUGCCAGAUCUGAUCAUAAGGAGACACUCACUCAGGGCCUGCCAAGGGUGGGGUGGGAAGAGGAGGAAUCGAAAUUGGAAGAGCAGGUGUGUCUAGAGAAGGGGGACUCUCAGGAGCAUCUCCCUCUGCUACAUCAGAAAAGGACAUGAGGGUGUGCCCACUAAGAUCUUGGGGUGAAGAAGAGGGGCAGUGCAGGGGGGGGGUGUCCUCUAGACAUGUACUUUCCCCAUCUGUAUUUCUGUCCCACCCCAGACACAGAACUUGUCUCUCUCAUUUCAUCUCCAUGUCCCACAUUCUCCCAUGUUUGUUUUAUCCUACUUGACCUACAUCCCCUGGAAGUAGUUAUUUCUACCCUCCUACCACACCGUGCACACACCACAGGCCUUAGGGAGGUGGAAACUACUUGAACUUUUAUUUUCCCCCAGAGAGGGGAGUGGGAAAAAGUGAGAGGGGGUGCCAGGAAUUGGGCUAGAGUGCUCUCCCUAUUCCUGUGGUGUUUGCCCAAGUAGGAGCCUGAGGAUUCUGGGGACAGACACACAGACAGGGAAACAAAGGCUUUGGUAGGUGGGGCGAAGCUGGGAGGGAUGCCCAGGAAAGAGUACCAGGAAAAGGCCCUAGGGGUAGACAAAAGGCAGAGCUGGGCAGGCAGUGGGAGGGGGUGGGGCAUCAGGGCUGUGAGCAGAUGGAGGGGAUUUGCUUUGCUGAGUUGAACUCUGCAGCCAGUGAGGUUUGGAAGAACUUGAUGGGGAUGGUGAGCAGUUACCUUGGCUAUCUAGUUCUCUUUCCCCAUCACUUUUCAUCUUCUCUGAGACGUGGGGAAGAAAGUGUCUGAUCUCAGCCCUGUUGUGGCCUUUAGGUCCCUGCGACCUCUGUUCUGACUCUAAACUGCUGUCACUACCUUCUCUAUUUCACAUUCUCCUCUAAGCUCACUGCAGAGGGAGAACCAGGGCUAGAGGGACUUCAGGGCUGCAGAUGCUUUCUGGUGAGAGAAAGGUGACCUCUUUCUUGCAGGACCUGAAGGAGAAGAAAGAGAAGGUGGAGGAGAAGGCGAGCCGGAAAGAGCGGAAGAAAGAAGUGGUGGAGGAGGAGGAGAAUGGAGCUGAGGAGGAAGAAGAAGAAACCGCUGAGGACGGAGAGGAGGAGGAUGAAGGAGAAGAAGAAGAUGAGGAAGAAGAAGAUGAUGACGACGAGGGGCCCGCGCUGAAGAGAGCUGCUGAAGAGGAGGUUUGGGCUGGGUUGUGGGGCCUGAGGGGCUGUCAGGGAUGCAGCAGGGGCUGGGAGCCCUUUGGAUUUGGAUCCAGAACCCUGUGGUGCAUGGGCGGGUGCUGGAGUAGGGCAGGGACAGGGAAGAGGAGGAGAAUGGAGCUGAGGAGGAGGAAGAAGAAACCGCUGAGGACGGAGAGGAGGAGGAUGAAGGAGAAGAAGAAGGUGGGGAGGGGCAAGGAACAGAGUCAGGGUGGGCUUGAAGACCUGAUGUAG